CGAUCCUCGGCGCUCGAAGUCUCUAACUCUAUAUCCUACCUACAAAAAUCAGUUACCCUUGAAAACCUCACAAAUCAUCAUAUACCAUCUCUCCUAUAUAUAUACUCAAACCAUACCUCUUUUUUCAUAACUCUUUGCCACUCACACUUACUUUACAACCAAAGCUCAAAUUCAAAUCUAAAAACAAAAAACAAAACAAUUCAGAAGAAUGGGUGAUUUACAGAUUCAACAAGAAUCCAUGUUGAUCCCUCACAAACAGAAACAAUCCAUGAUUAUUCCAACAUCAUCAAUGCCUCAUCAUCACACUCACAACAACACUGUCAAACGCCGUUCACCAUCAUCAUCAUCUUAUCACCAACCAUCAUCCAAGAAGCAUUCUUUUGACGCAAGCAAUCUCACCCGUAAUGGCUUCUCUGCCAUUACAAUUCCUUUCAGUCUCCGCGGGAAUGCUCUUAGCCGCUGUGUCUCUGAUCCAUGCACCUUUCCGGAUCAAUCCAUGCCAGUAAAAGGGCCGUCAACUGCUUUGCAGCCUCUGCCUCCGAUCAGCAGAUGUAUAUCUGAAGUUAUCGAUCCUACUGAGGUUAAAGAAGCAGUAGCUCGUUAUUUGAACUGUGCUGAAAAAACCACCCCUGAAUCUGAUUCAAUGAGGCUUAAAAGGAUGAAGGAUCGGUUAAAAGAAAUGAAGAAAGUGUGGGAUGAAGUUAUGGAAGUCGAGGAAGAAAAUGAAAAAGACCAAGAAGAAGAGCCCUCUCCUGAUGCUGAAGAUGAAAAAGAACAAGAACAAGAACAAGAAGAGCACUCUCUUGACUCUUUUGUUGCUGAAGAUGAAAAAGUCAUAUCUCAGGAUGAAUUGGGAAAUGAUUAUGAAGAAGCUGUUAGUGUGGAGUGGGUUGAUAAGUGUUUAAGCCUUACUUUCAAGUGUCCAUGUGGCAAGGGAUAUGAGGUUCUAAUCUGUGCAAACAAUUGUUACUACAAGUUGGUCUAGAAGAAUCAGUAUGCUUAUUUGUGACAUGGAUCACUUUUGUUUAUAUUCUGUUUUAGUUUGGAAAAAGCUUGUCUGUUUUCAUUUGUAGUAGCAUUUGAUUGUCACUAGAAGAACCAAUCUAUAUUUGUAGAUCCUUACAUUUGUUUUGUAAAUAAGUUGGUAUGUACUAUCUCAACAUUCUUAGAAUUAGGAACUGACCAGUUCAUCGGCUGGUUUGACUCCGAUUAUCUUGCAGUCUGGUUUAACCGUUAAACUACGGAUGAACCAAGAUA